UUAUCUCCACCCAGUAAGUAAAUUACAGAUCUCGUCUAAGUCUAAGUCUCGACUAUAAUCUCUCUCCUUCACUGUACAUUCCAAAGUUUGCUGAACAGAAAUAAACAUUUAGAGGCCCAUUGUGUCAAAAAUGGCUCUUUCCAAACCCAAAAAAUCUGACAAGAAACAAACAUUGUCUCUGUCUGCCUCUGUCACCAAGGUCAGGGAGUUCAAUGUACCAGGUGUUAAUCAUGUACGCCAUGUAUCACUAGAUCAAUCAGACAGACUCUGGAUCAGUGACUUUUGGGGUAAUCUUGUCCAAAUAGAUCUACAGGGGAAUGUGAUACAGGAGAUAGAAACCAUUGGAUCUGGAGUUUACCACACCGUGACACAGGACGGGGAUCUGAUCUUUACAGACAAAGACAAGAAAGUCAUCAAUAGGAUAACACAGGGUAAUAAUAUCACUGAAUUCAUUAAAACUGGAGACUGGAUACCAAUCAGCAUACACUCCUCCCACAUCAACGGGGACUUACUGGUGGGGAUGAUGAAGGGUGUAGAAGGUAAAGUCACCAGGUACAACAAGACAGGGAAAGAACUACAGAACUUACAGCAGGAUAUCAAAGGACUCGAACAAUAUAGAAUACCACAGUACAUCACAGAAAACUUCAAUGGAGAUAUCUGUACAUCACACUGGGGUAAGGCAGUAGUGGUGGUGAAUAAAUCAGGACAACACAGAUUUUCCUACACAGGUCAGGGGAGAUGGUUCACUCCCUGUGGAAUCUGUACUGAUGUCCUCGGUCACAUCCUGGUGUGUGAUGGUCUCAAUAACACUGUUCAUCUCCUUGAUCAGGACGGUCAGUUCUUGUCUCUAUUACUCACACAACAACAAGGGGUAGAGUAUCCCUGUAGUGUGUGUGUGGAUGAUGAGAACAAUCUCUAUGUGGGACAAAAAGAAACCAAUACACUGACAGUGUACAAGUAUAUAAAGUGAUUAUAAUUCCAUCAGUCGUACAUAAUUCUAAAACUUAAAUUUGUGAUUUCCAGUACAGAAAUGUAUAUUCUGAAUAGUGUUCCGUCCAUUGAACAUUAUUUAUACUGAACAAAUUGUACAUACUGUAAAUUAAUUUCAAUGGAAAACAUUGUAUAAACACCUCUUAGAAUUUGGAAUUAAAAGAUACUUGUCUA